AUGAUGGCAAACUUUGACACAGAAUUUGUUACGGAACUUUUUUUGGAUGAUACUGUUUCUACACUUAAUAGGGUUAUCGUAGCUACAGCUAAUGUUGUAAAUGAAAGUUUUGAAAAUAUAUCACAUUUUAAUGAUUUUAUGAUAAAAGAAUAUAGCCGAAAUAUACUUACGCCGAACAAGUUGACUGGAAACGUGAAUCGUGAGCGUAGAAGGUUUUACGAAAGGGUUGUAAAAAAUUUUUCAGAAGAUGAUUAUAUUGAAAAUUUGAAGAUGUGUAAAUCAACUGUUAAGGCAUUAAUCACAUUUUUAAGAGAGUAUGUAAAACCUGGUAAUUCAAUUAUUCCUUUAGAAAAAAAGGUUCAUAUAUUUCUCUGGAUCUUAACAAGUGAAUAUUCUUUUAAAGAUAUUGCAGAAAAAUUUGGAUUGCAUAAAUCUUCUGUUAGUUACAUAUUUCAUGAAAUAGCAACUUUACUCGCAGAGCAGAGAUAUCAGUUUAUAAGUUGGCCAUCUAUUGAAGAACAGCAUGUAACAAGAGUUAAAGUAAAUAGCAAAUAUGGUUUCCCUAAUUGUGUAGGUUUCAUUAAUGCCUGCCGUCUUAAAGUUGGAUCAAAAAGAAAAAGAGAAGACACAACUGAAACCAUUCUUCUACAAGCAGUUUGUGAUGAAAGCCUUAUGUUUAUUGAUAUUCAUGUUGGAGAAAUUGGGAAUACUGGGAAAGGGCGACUGUUUAAGGAUAGCCCAUUGUCAAAAGAACUUAGAAAUUUCAUAGACUUUGAUAAUCACAUACUUGGGGGUGCAGAAUAUAAGUUACGAAAGAAUCUGAUUACCCCAUUUUCUACUAAUGAAUUAUUAACAAGUGAAGAAAAAAGAUUUAAUGAGAUCCAUUUGAAAGCUUAUAAUUAUAUUGAACAAGCUUUGCAAAUUUUAAAAUGGCGAUUUAUAAAAUUAAGACACAUUGAUAUAAAUAAACCAGAGGCCGUCAUUACCUUAAUACAUGCAGCAUGUGUCCUUCACAACUUUAUACUACUUCAUGAAGGGUGUCCAAUAAAAGAAGAACCAGUAGUGAAUAAUGAGAGUGUUACGAUAGAUGCAAAUGUUGUGACAUCUGCUAUUGGAAAACGUCAGUUUUUAUCUACCUAUAUCAACUAUAUGCUAACCUCU